UGAAUUGGAACUGUCAGUGAACCCAUUAUGUAGGCAGAAUGGUACAGUCCAGUAUUGGGAGGUGCAUUGCCAAUGGUUUAUUACAUUCAUAGUAUGGGGGUGUACUGUAUUCCAGGUGUGGGGGAAUGUAGGCAGCAGGGGCGGACUGACCAUUCAAGCACUUGGGCACUGCCCGAGGGCCCGGGGUCAGUAGGGGCCCCCAUAAAAUGCCCCUGGUACCUUUUUUAUAGGCUUUUUUGGAGUGUGGGCAAGGACACAGGGGCCCCAUGAUCCCCGAUUGCCCAGGGGCCCCUUGAGUUGUCAGUCCUCCCCUGGGUAUGA